ACGUGUUCUGGCCGCAUCAUUGUCCUUUUUCGCGACAACUGAUUAAAUGCUCCUCCAAACUUUUGAACCGUCCUAGUCCUAGUUUCUAGUCAAGCUUUGGAGGCUGGCCACUUAUCCUGCGCUCUUUUCUCCAAGAUUGGCUACGAGCUGUCUAACCGCAUAUUGUUCUCCUGGAAGAACAGUAACAAGCAACUGCGCAAAUCUAGCCAAACCUCACAAUCUUAUCUCAAAGAUGCCGUCAAUGUGGUUAACAGAUUCCCAAAAGAUCGGGGUCGCCUUCUGUUCUGGCGGAGGUUUCUUCCUUAUCGGAGGUGUGAUGCUGUUCUUUGACCGGGCAAUGCUUGCUAUGGGAAACAUACUCUUCCUCAUCGGCCUGACGAUAAUCAUUGGUCCACAAAAGACUUUGCUCUUCUUUGCACGCAAGCAAAAGGCCAAGGGCACGGCUGCCUUCUUCUUGGGGCUUCUUAUGAUCCUCAUGAGGUGGCCCCUCAUAGGCUUCUGUGUUGAGCUCUACGGUAUUGUGAUACUCUUUGGAGACUUCCUCGGUACCAUUGCCGGCUUCGCAAGAGGGAUUCCCGUGAUAGGGCCAUACAUUGGCCUUGUAGUCGACAGGAUUGGGCUGGGCAGGCGGAACGCCGACCUACCAGUAUGAAAAGGCGACCAUUAUUGCGCGCCAGAACAGCCCGCACGCACUGGCAGGUAGCCUGUGGGCAUGUAUAGCUGCCGAGUUGUGACCUGGCGUUUGUGGGGGCUUGGGAAUGGGCAUCGGGAAGACAUAGACACGUUCAACUUUCUAAAGGCGUUUUGGGUGACAAAAUACCCGAACUACACGGUUACACCAACACCGUAAUUCAUCCUCACUGAUCUGAGCAUAUUUAUCGUUAGGUCUUUUUUCUCUCUUUUUUUUCCAUCGACUUUAAUUGCGUACACGUAGGGCGGCUGAAGACAAUGCAGCAUUGGUAAAUUCGAAUCCUCGGCAAACUCAGAUAUAUGUACGGCAUCUCAGUUGAUCUUGGCUUACCGUGUUAGGUAACUUUGAAAAAAUGUGUUGAACAUCUGUUUGGAUAUUGAGUUACUGGGCAUCAAACGUUAUGGCAAGCGCAAGCGCAAGCGCAAAAUGAGGGAACAUAAUGAACAAAAACACGACCAACCGCUCCGC